UAUAAUUUCUUUACUUUGCUUUUGUAAUUUUUCCAAGUUGACAGUAUUCAAUCUAAAACAGUUUCUUGUGUAAAAACUGCAAAAAAAUAAAAUCAAUUUUCAAAAAAUAAAAUUCUAAUUUAUUAAUCAAAAGAAAAAAAAAAUGAUAAACAAUUACAAAUUGCUGAUAAUUUCUUUAACUUUUUGGAUUAAAUUGAAAAUAAUUAAAUCCGAAUGGGUUGAACUACCACAAUUUUCAAAUAAUGAAAAAGUUUAUAGAACAUCGUUUCAAUUUUUUCAUUCACCGCGCAAUGAAAGUGAAAUUAAAAUCAAUACACGUCCUGUGAUUCAAUCUAAUUAUCAAAAAAUUGAUAAAUUUCAUAAACAAUCUGUGAUUGAAAAAACAAUUUAUCGUAAAGGAUUGGAAAAUUUUGUUAUUGUGAAUGAUACUUGUACAACGACAGUUUUACCUAUUAAAUUGACGACUGAAUCAAUUAGAAAAUUUGAUAAUGUUACAGUGGAGAAAAGUGAAGAAAAGAAAAAUUUACAAAAAAUACAAAAUUCAGAAGACGAAGUACCUGGGGAACAAUUAAAUGGAAAUGAUAAAUUAGAAAAAUUAUAUCCAACAUGUUCGACCGAGGCAGCAAAAAAGGAUUCAAAUUUUUGUAAUACAUCGCAAAAUUAUUCUUCAAAUGAAACGAAAAAUGAAGCUGAUAAACGCUUUUUAUAUUAUUUGCCAAUUAAAUUUUUUAAAAAAGUCCAUUUAAUUUUGAAAGCACAGCCACAUACUCUUAAGGGAAAAAUUAAAUUUCUACGAAAUUUUGAAAAAAUUCUUUUAUCUGAAGUUGAAAAUCGAUUAGCUGCAACAAUUGUACCAUACAAGGAUGUAAAAAGAAAUAAACGUCAAAAAAGAUACGAACAUCAACACGAUGAUGAUUCUUUGGGUUUUCCUUCAUUGGAAGGUGCAUUAAUGGCAAUUUCAUUUCUCACAUUUGCCGUUUAUCUCGUUCGAUUAAUAAUGUUGCUGUUUCACAAUUUUUCUUCAACAAGCGGAACUUCAACACUUUUUCUCGGUAGAAGAAAAAGAUCAAUGAACGAUUUAAAUGAUGACGAAGAAAGAAUUUUAAAUUAUUUAUAUACAAAUAAUUUUUAAAUUUUGAAUAAUCAAUUUUUUUUUUGCUAAAAUUGCACUUUACGAAAAAUUAACAUUUUUCACAAAAAAUUACAUAUUUAGCAGUCAUAUAAUUUAUUAAAUGAACAGUGAAAUUAAAGAUAAUAAAAUCUAAGUGUUAAAUUUUAUCUAAAUAAAAUUAAAGAGUUUGAGAAAACUGUUUUUUGAAACAAAAUAAAUUUCAUCGAAUGAUAAAUUAAAAAAAAAAAUAGAA